AUGCUCAGUCCAAUUCAAAUGAUAUUCGCACAUAUUUCAAGAUUUUUCAGACGCAAAGUCGUACUUUUCAUAAUUUUAUUCUGUUCUAUUGGUUAUUUUAUUCUUAAUUUUGUCAUCGAACCACAUUUUUCUUCUACAAGCGAUAUGGAAAAUACCAAUUUUAUUAAUUUUGACAAAUUAAUAUGGCACUCUGAUGAUGAGCCAGCAGACAAUUCUAGUGCUGUAAUCACCUGUCGGAAUUCUGUACAAGGAAAAAGUUUGGUAGUCGAUGACAGAGGUUAUGUUUGCUCCAGGUUCCAUGUCUUAGGGACUGGUUGUUGUGAUCUUAAAGCAAAGAACGUUAGAUAUUCAUGUGAAACCUGCAAAGGAAAUGGAUGUUGUAGCAUUUAUGAAUUUUGCGUAUCUUGUUGCCUUCAGCCCAACAAGAAAGAGUUGCUUCAAGGUGUUCUAAGAAGAGCACCAUCAACAUUUCAUGUGGUGUUUGCAUCAGUGACAGAUCAUUACGAACUAUGCCUUGCGAAGUGUCGGACUAGUUCAUUGAGCGUUCAGCAUGAGAACUCUUACAGAGAUCCAACUGCAAAACAUUGCUUCACAGAUGCUGUUUCAUAG